UUCUCUGUCAGACAAGGAAUUAAUAUUUUCCUUGCUGGAUUUGUGCCAAAUGAAAAUUUUACAUUUAGAGGUUGCUGAAACUCCACAAGAAAGUGCCGAGGAAAGUGAAACAUGUGCAAGACAUAAGUAUCCAAGCAUGACUAAGACUAAUGGAAACUUCAGGCUCAAGGUUGAAGAGGGUGAAUUCACUGAUUCUCAAAUUAUUGUACUGCUUGGAGAAAAUGGGACGGGAAAGUCAACCUUCCUACAGAUGCUGGCUGGCUUGAUGAAGCCUGAUUCAGUAGAAGGCUCAGAUUCGGAAAUUCCAGACUUCAAAUUCUCUUACAAGCCACCAAAAAUGCGUACUAAAUUUGAGUGUAACGAGAGAAGUGUGUUGCAUACAAACAUUCCUGAUUCAUAUAUGGAUCCUCAGUUUGUAUCCAAUGUGAUGAAACCACUAUUGAUUGAAAAAUUGAUGGAUAAAAAGAUGGUGAAUCUUUCUUGUGGGGAAUUACAGAGGGUUGGCCUUACUCUUUGUCUUGGAAAGCCAGCUGAUUUAUACUUGAUAGACGAGCCAAGUGCAUUUCUUGACUCAGAGCAGCGUAUUGUUGCUUCAAAAGUCAUAAAGAGAUUCAUACGUCAAGCGAAGAAGCCUGCAUUUGUUGUGGAGCAUGAUUUCAUCAUGGCAACAUACCUUGCUGAUAGAGUGAUUGUGUACGAGGGAGAGCCAUCGAUUGAUUGUGUUGCAACUUCACCUCAAUCCCUUUUGACUGGAAUGAACCUCUUCUUAUCUCACCUGGAUAUCACAUGCCGAAGGGACCCCACAAAUUUCCGGCCUAGAAUGAACAAACAUGAGUCGGCUGAGGAUCUGGAGCAGCAGUCCACUGGAUAUCACUAUUAUAUGGAUGACUAACUUGCGGCAAUAUGCUCCCUCUUGGCUCUAUACAUCCACCUUCUUCGUGGACCACAUUCACAUCCACAUCCACAUCCACUACAUCGUCAACAACAGCUGUCAUAUCUUCAUAAAAGUACACCAUCUCCCACUCGUCUGAGGAAGAACCAUUUAUCGGAGGAGGGAGCAGAGAGGAAGACGACGAGGAAAAAAGGCCCGACCACGUGGACCAACUCAUUGGAGUGGAGUGGAGUGGCAGAGUCAGAUUAGAGGGGUUUGGGUUUAGAAGGAUCGAUGUGUUGGCGGUGCUUUUGUCUAUAAACGUUUAUUGCACACACUCAGGCCCAGAGGAUCUUAAAAACCCCAUCCAGGCCCUACCUCUUUUUUUCACUCUUGAAUUGCGUGAUACGUUUUCGUUUACUUUU